UUAUGCGUUCAUUGCCGCGUCAAGCGCCGCCAAAACGCAGUCCUGGCGGCGGUGGCGCCCUGAAAGGGACUUUUCCGAUCCCCCUCGGCUCUCUCGCGGCAGCGCAUCGCCCUUUUUCUCUUUCUCUCCUCCAGGUUCUCUCAAAGUUGCCGGAACCUCCUCUCCACCAAACCAACUCCCCUUCCUUCGUCCUCCCCGCCCUCUGGCGACGCGGGGCUACGCUGGUCCACCCCGGAUUCUGCGUGAAACGGGGAGGCGAUGGUGGCGCCGCUGCGAGCUCUGACGACGCGCAAGAUGGCUGCGCUGCCAAGGUGACACCUCCAGCACCUGCUGUUAACUCAUGCGAGUGGAUGAUUGGGCCGCGGAGUCGCAGUUAUCGGGAGGCUGUGGUGCUGUUGCAAGCGCUGAAUUGUUCCAUCGCACUGGCUCAGAAGCAAGUGUCAUGUCGUGCUGCUGUACUUGAAGCCACAGCGUAUUGCCAAGGCAUGUUAUGGGGCGUCUUCCUGUCCUUGUCUCUUCCGUAUUGA